UCCAUUUCUUCUCCCACCAGCGAGCUCUAGCUUUCCAAAUUCAUGGCGACUCACAUUCAGAUGACUGUUGACGAGAUCUCCUCCUCCUCCCCCUCGCUCGCUCUCUCUCUCUCUCUCUCUCUCUCUCUCUCUCUCUCUCUAAUUAAGGCAGAGCCGCAGGUUAGGGUUUGGUUAGUGUGUAGAGCUUCCUUGUUUAGCGCAGAUUGCUGCUGGGAUAGAUCUAGUGCCUCUUCGUAAGCGCAAUGUUGGUUUUCCUCCACCUUCUCGCCGGCAAGUCCGGAAGGGUCGUCCAGGCCGAGGAGGACUUUACCGGGCCUGAUGUUGUGGUGGACCACCUAGGCAUGGUGGCGUCCCGUGAGCGCCUCGGCGAGCUACGCCACGCCGGCAUGACAUGGGCCGCGGCGGGCUGCGGGACGGGCGCACCGCACGAAGGCGGACCAGUCCAGCAAAUGGUGUGCAUCCAGGCCUCGUCGUGUACACCUGUACGACGCCCGAGUUCGCGCCGCCUCUCCUCUCCUCGAGAUUGGAGGUGGAGAGGCGAGUUGCGCGUCCUCUGGUUAGAUGCCUCAUGCCGCUGGUUGAAUCGAUGGAUGUCGAGACCGGCAUCGUCGACGUCCUCCACCUGACGAUGAUAUUGGUAUCGCUCAUGCAAUAUCUCAAGCUAAGUCCACCACAGACACUUUGGCUUAAGUUUGUAGGAACCUACGGAGUAGUUAUAUUGAGCAAUAUAUGGUAAUGGUGAAGAUGGCCUUGUUCAGCUCGCUGAGUGUCCAAGAAAGUGCAUAUACUAUGUUAUGCCUUCUUUCUUUAUAUGUAGGCAGUUCAUUUUCAACUCACUAGUUUCAUCAUUCAUGUGUUUCCUUGUAUUGUAUUGUUCCUGAUCCUUUCUGUUUUCUAAGUGCAUAUACCAUCUGCUGCCGGCUUCUUUCUUUAUAUGAUCUGUAGAUGUUUUUUUUUUGAAGCAUGGCUGCAUGGUCAUUGGUAAUGGAUGUAACUGUGUAUGGAUAUAAUAAAGGAAUAGAAGAAAUUUUGAUUUUUUUU